AUUCACAUUUUUUUCUAUGUGUGUGGUUUGGUGAAAAGAAAAAAUUUUUUUGGAAAGAAAAUAAUUUCCCUUGAAAAAAAAAUAUCGGUUGUAUUUAUAAUUUUUUUUUUAAAACCCUUUUUCAUAAUUAAAUUGUCUGAGUAAACUAUUUUUAAUAAAAAAUUAAACACAAAUUUACUGAAAAAUAAGAAGAAAACUAUACUCGAUUAUAAAAAUGCUGUGAAAUUUUCUCUGCCAAAAAGACUUCAUAUAAAAGAAAAAACCAAAAUCAAUAUUUCGAAGGCGAAGUACCUAUAUAAGUUAGUUAGGAACAAAAAAAAAUUUUUCUUACAAAUAAUUAUUAUAACGAUUUUUUUGUUGUAAUGUUUUUCUUUGUUUGUUAAUUAUGUUGUUGUUAUGCGGAAGUUUUUUGUGUAAAAAAAUAAUUGUUUAAUAGUUUAUAAAAAAAAAUAUUUAAAAUAAAAAAAAAUCAAUUAAUAUUAUCCUUUGGAAUGGAUUGGAUUAUAAAUAUGAGUUUAUUUAACUCUUUUCACUAAAAUAUAAAAUAAUUUUCUUGGAUUCACAUAAUGUCCUAUUAUCCUGGAUGAAAUGUCCUUUAAACCCAAUAAUAUCGAUGUUAUUUAAUUAAUCCUCUUCUAUACAAAGUCCACUCCCUUAUAAAAAAAAACAGCAGCCAAGAAAUGGCGUCUGCAGAUAAACGUCAGGCUGCUGCAGUCCGUCAAAAAUCUGUUGAAGAAGAAGUCCUUAGCCUUGACAGUAUGCCAGCAACAACAACAAUACCAAAUCCCAACAAUCCAAACAUACAUCAGCCAAUAACACUAAGCAAAAAAGCCAUCCAUCAACGGGAUGCCGAUGAAAAUCUAUUUUUAAGGUUCCUCGAACUUGAUCCACCGAAUGAGGUGCCAACGAGUGGCGGCACCAAGCAAAGCUUAGGCCGAACUCCAUUUACAAUGACAAAGAAACUAACUCGCACGUCCGAUCGAGGAUUUGGCUUCUCAAUUGUCUGGACACAUCCGCCGCGUAUCGAGAAAAUCGAAUCCAAUUUGUCAGCUGAUAUCAAUGGAAUUCUGCCAGGAGAUUAUGUGAUAUUUAUUGACAAACACAAUGUUGUCACUAUGCCAGAAGCUGAUGUAUUGAAUUUGAUACGGUCACAGGGUAACACAUUGACAAUGGAGACUUUUCGAAGGUCAGGUUCUUCGAGUGCAGCGACUGGUUUGGCAUCGUCGGCGAUUGGGGUGCCAUCGGUGACGACAAGUUCGGUGCCCAGUACUACGAGGAAUGUAGUAGUUAUGAAUGGAGGAAUGGAUAAUAAUAAGCCUCAAUCUAGGGUGACUAGUGCGGCGAGUAAUUAUACAGAAACUUUGCCCGUAUCGAGUAAUAUUCGUCCAUCGACUGCAUGUUCAAGUAGCUCUACAAUGGAAGCUGCGAAAAAACGUCUUCAUUUGCCUCAGGUUACAUUUAGUAAAGAGUCCAUCGCACCAAUCACCGAUAAUCGUCAUCGAUUUCUCCUGCAAUUAAUAAGUCGUGAACAAAAUUUCAUUUCGGCCAUAUUAUUUGGCAUUCAACGAUUUGUUCAACCUCUUGUGGAACGAAAUGAUCUCAUUUCACCCAGCGAUCAUCGAACACUUUUUCAAAAUAUCGACGAAUUACGUCGAAUAUCUGAAGAUAUCUUAGAUCAAUUGAUAAACGAUGAUCAGGAACCACAAAUAAAUUUUACAUCACGUGUAUAUUUGUCCAAGACAACAGCAAUUUGUGCGGCUUACAAAAAAUACUGCAAUGGUAUAAAAAGAGCUGAUUGUGUUUUGGUCAACAAAUCCCGUCAAGCUGGAUCAAAGUUUGUCGCUUUCAUCACGGAACCACAAGUGCCACGAAAACGUCCCGAUCUCACCCAAUUCAUACAUCGUCCGUUGCAACAUUUUCGUGAGAUAUUGAAACUUAUGCAAAUGCUCGCCUCAAAUUGUCAUGUUGACAGCGAGGAGCACAAGAAUUUUACAUCUGUCAUUAAUGAGCUUCAAGCUGCUUAUAGAGAAAUCACAGUUAGCAGUGGAUUGAUGGAACCUCUUGGCGAAGGUCGUCCAUUAUUGACCCUUCAAGAUCUUGAAUCACGAAUGGUCUUUACUAAAUGUAAACCUUUUACAUUAGCUGUCCAAGGGAGACAGUGGAUUUUUGGUGGUGACUUGAGUCGUGUCGAAGGGCGAUCGGUCAAACCGUACUGGACUUUAUUGUUUAGUGAUAUUAUUGUAUUCGCCAAAGUUAGUCGAGAUCGAGUUUUGUUCAUUAUGGAAGAGCCAAUUUCCAUUGCUAAUAUUGUCGAUUCGUGUUUUCAUAUGAGAAAAAAAACGGCUGAAUUUAGAAUCACAGUGGAUCCAAAUGGUCGAUUUGCUGAGAGUCCUACUGGUUACUGCGCACCCGAUCUAACUCGAACCCCAAAGAAGAGUGCGAGACGCAAAAGUCUAACCCUGCGUGCACCAUCGUUGGAGUUGAAAGCCGUUUGGCAGAAUCUUCUUCAGCGUCAAAUAUUCUUGGUGAAUGCAGCUUUAGGAUCCACACCACUCUCAAGUCCAUUGGACUCUCCUGACGUACUCAAUACAUCAGUUCCUUUGUGUGAAAUCGGAAUGGCAACUGCCUCGGUGGCAUCUAUGAAACUCUCCUCGUUGGAUUCCAUCAAUUUGAAAAAUCAACAAUCCCAACAGCGUUAUUCAACAAAUCCUGCUGAACAAUUCGAAAUGUUAAUUGAUGAAAAGUGUCGAAUUUUAAAUAAAACUGGGACCUCAAAAGCUAGUGCAUUACAUUUGGCAAAUUGGAUGAAAGGUCAACUUGAUAAACAGCAAGAAGAAGCACGUUUGGCUGCAGAGCGAGCGCGUGAAAACUUAAGAAAAGAAGAUGAACAUUUGCUAUAUUCGGAUGGAGAGAAUUAUGAAAAAAUUACUUAUUGGACACGAGCUCAGCUGGAAAAUCGUACAAAAGAGCUUAAUUUAGCCAAGGAGCAGGGUAAUUUAAGAGCACAACCAAAUUUUGCUGGCAAACGAUUGAGUGGAGUUGAGGAGCUCAACAUGAGUGAAUGUGACAAUAAAAGUCAAUCUCAUAGUACUACAUCCGAUAGCCAGAUUACAAUUCGUUCAAGUCCGGUAGUUAAUGUAGGUGAUAAGCUAUCAGUUUGUCGGCAUUGUCAUACAAAUUGCCAACAAAAGUUACGCUCUUCAUCCAUUUCACCACCCAAUUUAAUUUGUAACUCGCUUAAAGUUCAACAUAGUCAAGCAUCGCCAAAUCGUUGUUGUAGAUUUAAUUCAAAAGCUAAUAGUAGUAUAUCGGGUACAUCGACUAGCACCGUUACCGGUGAGGAACCUUUAUUGCCAACAAGCACUAAAACAUCAUCAAACGAAUCGAAUCUUCUCCCUCUCCAAACAGUUUCACAAACUGAUGAAUCGAUCACAGGCGAACAGUUCACCACCAGUUUACGAGUUUUAAAUGAAAGUAAUAAUAGUAAGAAAGAAACAACUCUCCACAAUGGUCAUUGUUCGAGUGGAGAAGACACUAAACUUUCACCAGAAUCAUCGCCAUCACCAAAAAAACAUACAGCAGCAAUACCACCGCCAAAACCAAAUCGUUAUUCCAUUAAAAAUCGAUCACCAAGAAAAAGAACAACCAGCCAAAGUAGCGAUUUAUGCAAUUGCGAAUGCACACCAGCCGAUUUUGAAGGAACGGCCAUAAGUCCCGAUAAGGUUACUCAUGAGCGUUGUAAGCUCAUCGAACCAACAACUACAAUUAGUAGAUCGCCUUUGAAAAGUACAUCACCGCAAUUGGAUGAUAAACAACAACCAACACAACAACAACAACAUGAUCCACAUAAAUAUUGUAAAUGUGUUUGUAAAGAUUGUAAAGAUGAUGAUUUCGAAGGCGAUGAUAAUCUGUCCCUAAUGCUGAUCGGUUUGGCCCAACUCACACCUGUUGCCAGAGUUGUGCAAGCCGAUAGCUCUGCGUUUGUACCAUCCAUUGCUGUCGUUCCACCCACACCAGAUGCGUUACUGUCCAAAACUACAACAAACGUCUGGGACAAUACAACCAGCAUUAUAACCAGUACAGCUACGAAAUUGCUGUUCAAUAAUGUACCGCGUCAAGCGGUAAUCGAAAAUAUACCCGAUGACUCUGCGGAUGAGUCACCUCAAGAUGAGGAACCCCCCUAUCGUCAGAUGAAUUGUGUUUCCCUCCGCCGCUAUGGCACUCUGUCCAGUUUGGAAAAACUCCCGUCCGAAGACAUUCCCGAUGAUACUCGUUCGUCGGAUGGAGAUUAUGCCCCCGAUGAGCUGGAUGAUGAUAAUGAAGAACAAUCACAAGAUGUCGAAUUAGAUAGUCGAGGAGAUGAUGAUAUUGAAGUUGUGACCAAAAAAGUUUUUAGUCCCGAUGAAUCCGGCACGAAACCGUGGACUUCGCGAGCUGGUUCUUAUGUGGCUGGGAAAAUGCCUUUUUUCGAAGAGUCGAGAGCUUUUAUUGAUAAAUAUUUAGGUCGAUGGAAUAGCGAACAUCAGGGUAUGUCGCAGAAUGGAGAAGAUUUGCUAGAUGAUUGCACAUCGGGGGCAACAUCGGGUGAAGAAGUUUGGGGUACACCGACAAGUGGAGGUGAGAAUGAUGAAAGGCAUUUGAACUCUGAAAAUACACAAUCGUCCCCGACCAAAUCAAGUACAUCUUACAAUGAUGACGAUGAUACUGAGCUUAUGAUGGAUGAGCUAUUGAUGGCUCCACCAAUGACUGCUAGCACAAUACGAGGAUUAUUGCCACGGCGACGUUUAGAACCACUGUUUGAAGAGGAAACCGAAAGUGAUGAGGAAAAAACUCAACAGGAAAGUGAAGAACUCAAAAAGGGGGAAACAACGACAAAUGGCCACAAUUUAAGGGAUUCAACAGAAAGUUCAAGCGACGAGAUGAUGAGGGAAGAUCUACUACCACAACCACCAACAACAACACCAAAUGUGGAAAAAGAUCGCUAUCAACUGAACCAGGAAUUAGAAUUAAACAAUUUGGAUGGAUGUCAUCAGCAAAAGCAUCAAUUAUUGGCAAAGGGUCAAAUAAUAACAACACUGCCAAAUGUGGUGUCACAUGCAGUGGAAGUAGCAGCAGCGGCAUCAGAAAUGCAGAUGAUUUCAUCAAAAGCAACUACCAGCAGCAACAGCAGCAGCAAUGUGGUUACCACAGAAGCAACAAGACUGAUUCAGAUGAUGAUCUCAUCCUUAACGACGACGACUGCGACAACAGUGAAUUCUUCGACUUCUAUCACAAACAACGUAGAGAGCAACAAUACUUCGCCAAUUCCAAAGGCACAAGUGGCAGUAAAUUCGAAUACAACUUUUUGCAAAACUGUGGUACGCAAGAAAGAGUUUUCACCACCGCCACCGCCUCCCAGGCGAUUAAUGCUCACACAAACAAAUUUAAGGAGUGCCAACACGGGAACAGGUCCGAACACACAACAAGCGGUUCUGCCACAAUCUGGCGCUACUGCUGACAGUGGCUUGUCUGUGGAUGUUGUCGACAAUAUUCACAAAAGAUUGACACAAAUCAACCAAAAGGCUGUAUUCAAUUCGAAAAGUUAUGCCGCAAGUACCGGUCCUGCCGCAAGCCAACAACCAACAAUCAUCGAAACCUCUCUCCUAGGACCGGCGCACACCAAAAAGAGCGCCUCAAUGUCAUCAUCAAUAGUUUCGACGACGAAAAAAUCAACAACAAUAACAAAAGUCGAGAAACCUGCUGGAAUUACAACAAAAACUCAACCACCGGCGGCGGACAACAACAAAAACGAUUCAACAACAACAAGUGCUGUCCAUCAUGGCUCUGGUUUAAGUCCACGUCUCGAAAUGCGACUAGCCCUGAAUCACGAUAUUCUUGGAGACGAAGACUUAAUAAAUUACGAUCCUGGUCCAGAUCUUACAACGAUUUUGGGUCACGACCUAACAACGUUUCAUCGAUUGACGGGGAGAGACUUGCUUACUCGUACGGUCAGCAACCGGGUUCAGCCCAAAGAGGCCGUCAUCUCGUUUUGUCAACAGCGAAAUUCGAAAAUGGAUACGCCAACAGUGAAUCGUCGUCCUCGUCCCGUGUCCAUUGGCGGCGCAGAUUUAAUUGGUGUGGCCGGAAUCGCCGGGGACAUGUGUUCCAGCAGCAGCAGCCUACAACAACGCCUGCAAUCAAAUCGAAAUACAUUGAGCAAUUUUGCAUUUGCUCCUGCUUCGGACUUAAUUCAAAAAGUCGCCGCGACCAGCGACACCAUAACCAAUUUAAAAAGCACCGACGAAAAGAAAUUAAGCGGCUUGGAAAUCUUAGCGAGACGCGAGAAGAUGUACUCCAUGUCUCAAUCGAAGAAUGGCUCACUAGUCAAGAAAGUGACGACAGUGAAGAAGGCGGCGAUAGGUCUGAUGAGAACGAGGAGUACUUCUUCAGUGGCGUCGGCAGUUGGAACGAUGGAGAAUGACCAACAACAACAACAACUCGCUGCAGCUCAAACAGCUGCAGUUGAUUCGAAAAAAAUAAUGGGUCGCAGCGAUGAAAUCGCACUUGAAGCUGGCAAAGGUAAUAGAUUAAUGAAUUUCUUAACAAGACGCAACUCUGAGCUACCAACGUCAAUCAACUUUUCACGCACUUCUCUCAACGAGUCGAAUCCUAGUUGUACCCCAGAAACUAAGAGGCGAAGUAAAAGUAAGACUCCACAGUUUUCACCACGAAAAGACAAUGAUAAGCCUUCAUUGAAUCGCCGUCUCUGGAAGCAGAUCACCAAACGGAGACGUUCUAACUCCGUAUCCGAACUAUUGGCUUGUUAAUAUCCGUCACAAAGCACUUAAUUAUAUUAAUUUGUUUUCUUUCUCAAAAAUUCGUCCUUAUUUUUACGAAAAAAAAAAUUUUAAAAAAAACCUAAAUAUUGACACUACUUUUUGUAUUGAACCUAACAGAAAAAAAGAGUUGAAUCUCAUC